CUUUCCAUUUGGUUGGUUCACUAACAGUAACGGAAUUUCAAAAUGGCUAUUGGUGCUAUUAGUGUUAAACCAUUCAUACCGCGAGUUAUUUUUAACUGAUGCACGUGGUGGAGUAUUUCUAAGGAAAUUUAUUUAGUGCCUAUAUUUUCAUCAUUUUGUUCAAUGUUUUAGUCAAAGGACACAAAAACGCAGAAUACCACGACUAAAAUGAUUAUUUAAUAGCGUGUUCAAAAUUAUUAUUUUUUCUUUUCGAAAAUGUUGUAGAUAGCUUACAAUCCCAUCCGCAGACGUUUGCUUUUCAAGGAUAUUUAGUUUUAAACUUUCUAUGUUAUAAUUAAUAUACGAAUUAAUUAGUUAAAUAAUAAUUAUCUCUUAUCUUUUCACUUACUCGAGCCGAAAAGUUAUAAAUACCUACAUUCAUACUUAAAUCUUUUUUGAAUUUUGAACAAUGAAGAAGGAGUACAUUUUAUACGACAAAAAUGGCAUGUCUUCGAAGAAAGGGACCGACGAGCAACACCAACAGUACGUGGAGGAGAAACAACCCGUCAUUCAACCCGUUCGCUUGCAGCCAUCCUGGGAAGAGAACAAUUUACCCGAAGACGAGCUCAACUUUAAAAACCUUACCAUGGACGACGCAAGCCUUCAACUCCACACGCCUCCAGAUAAAUACAAUCUUGUCUAUUUGACCUUUCUUCUCCAUGGAAUCGGUGUUCUCAUGCCUUGGAACAUGUUCAUCACCGCAGGAGAUUAUUUUACGAAUUACAAAUUGGGAAAGGAGUAUAUUGGUCAGGAUUUAGCCUAUGCGUCCAAUUUUUUGCAGUACCUUACGUUUGCAGCUCAAGUUCCUAAUGUUAUUUUUAAUUGGCUCAAUGUGUUCGUUCAAAUGGGAGGCAAUCUCACCACCAGGAUUGUAUGGAGUAUAUCAGCAGAAGUUGUGAUUUUUAUAUUGACCAUAGUUUUGGCCAUGACUGAAACAAACGAAUGGCCAGGUCCCUUUUUUUGGAUUACCAUGGUGUCUGUGGUAUUUUUAAAUAUGGCUAAUGGUGUUUACCAAAAUACAAUUUUUGGUAUGGCUGCAAAGUUGCCGUUAAAAUACACCGGUGCUGUGGUACUUGGCUCCAAUAUAAGUGGAACGUUUACUUCGGUGGUAAAAAUUUUGUCGGAUCUUUUUGCCUCGAACCAGAGGAUGUCGGCAAUCUACUACUUCAUAACUGCCCUCUUUGUGCUUUUGGUUUGUUUCGACACGUAUUUUGCACUGCCACUAAAUCGAUUUUAUAGACAUUACGAGCUUAAGGAAAAAAAAGAAGCUCAAAGUAGAUUAAAAGAUAAUCAGGGGAGGGUGGAACGAAUACCGCACUUUUAUAUAUUUAAAAAGGCGUUCCCACAAUUGUACAAUAUUUUCAUGGUAUUCUUCGUCACAUUAGCAAUAUUUCCAGCUAUACAAGCAAAUAUACAAAUUUCUGACCUAAAUUUUUUUGUUGGGACANAUAAUAUAUACAUAAUCAUAACUAUAAUUGUACAAAGGAGUAUGGAAAAAGGGUGGAAGAACUAUUAG